ACCACAGUAGCUUACAAAGUGAUGAUCUGCCUGCACUCAUACGGCAAGCUUGUACGCUCUGAUCUCUCUGCCUCUCAUAUUCUCGCUCAUUGUUAAUCAGCGGCACACAUGCUCCUUCCUGCACGCAACUCUCUGCUUCACUCCUUGCUCACAUCUUUUUAGGGAACAUUUAUUUCAACUUCUCACUGAGUGGAGAGAUUAGAGGAGAGCACUGGGAUUGUUUCUGGCUGAGAGCAAACACAGCAGCAGACGUUUGAAGAUAACUGCCUGUCUUGGCAAACCUAAAGGGUGAAAAAAGGGAAGAAAGAAGUGUUUUUUUUCAUUCUCUUUCAAGAGUGCAGAGGUUGUCCUCCAGAUAAUGAGGAUAACUGAGGAACACACACGCUGAGAUUUGAACAAAUCAGAUGGACCAAUAACAACAGAAAGAAAAGACCAAACCCAAGAGGACAGAGGAUUUAAAAGGAGACAUUAUGAACACCACAGAGAACCAUGGAUUGAUCCAAGGCUACCACAAUAGGAACCAAACCUCAGGCACUUUGCCACUUAACAAAGACUUACCAGCCGAGGAGAAGGACUCAUCGGCAGGAUGCUACGAACAGCUGCUCAUUUCCACAGAGGUUUUUCUCACUCUUGGCAUUCUCAGCCUGCUGGAGAACAUUCUGGUUGUUGCUGCUAUAGUUAAAAACAAGAACCUUCACUCGCCCAUGUACUUUUUCAUCUGUAGCCUCGCUGUUGCUGACAUGCUCGUCAGUGUCUCCAACGCCUCUGAGACUAUCGUUAUAGCACUCAUCAACGGAGGCAACCUGGCCAUCCCUGCCACGUUGAUCAAAAGCAUGGACAAUGUGUUUGACUCUAUGAUCUGUAGCUCUCUGUUGGCAUCUAUCUGCAGCUUGCUGGCCAUCGCCGUCGAUCGCUACAUCACCAUCUUCUACGCUCUGCGAUACCACAACAUCGUCACCCUGCGAAGAGCGAUGCUGGUCAUCAGCAGCAUCUGGACGUGCUGCACCGUUUCCGGCAUCUUGUUCAUCAUUUACUCAGAGAGCACCACAGUGCUCAUCUGCCUCAUCACCAUGUUUUUCACCAUGCUGGUGCUCAUGGCGUCACUGUACGUCCACAUGUUCCUGCUGGCGCGUUUGCACAUGAAGCGGAUCGCGGCGCUGCCAGGCAACGGGCCCAUCCACCAGCGGGCCAACAUGAAGGGCGCCAUCACCCUCACCAUCCUCCUCGGGGUGUUUGUGGUAUGCUGGGCGCCCUUCUUCCUCCACCUCAUCCUCAUGAUCACCUGCCCCAGGAACCCCUACUGCACCUGCUUCAUGUCCCACUUCAACAUGUACCUCAUCCUCAUCAUGUGCAACUCCGUCAUCGACCCCAUCAUCUACGCCUUUCGCAGCCAAGAGAUGAGAAAAACCUUCAAAGAGAUUUUCUGCUGCUCGCACGCUCUGUUGUGUGUGUGAGCUGCCUGUUGAGUGUCAGCAGAGCUCCCACUUCGACGGAUACACUCAGCAAUUUAAAUGACACUGACGAAGACUUUGAGAUUUUAAGCUGUAAUCACUGUGGACUGAUGUGACUUGCUGUGCCCUGUGCUCUCUGAGCCGGCUGUAAAUGAUUAAUAAGUAGGGCGCUUGCCUUUGGUUUCAUGAGUCAGGUUGCUAAAGAGGUAGGUUUACAAACCCCCUGUAAAAUAGAGUUCCGCUUUGUAGACCAAUGCUAUUUUGUUUUGUAGUAAGCGCCGUUCUAAAGUGCAAUUUGAAGUAAAUGCUAACCAGCAUGUAUAUUACAAAUACACAUGCUCAAACUGUGGUUCAUUUACAAAUCCUUUCUCUUUCUCCCUCUGAAAUCUACCUACAACACUUUUCUUGUUCACUGUGAAAGCAAAUCAAAAGUACUCUGAGUUAUGUUUAAAAUCUUUAUGUAUCUACAUGGAUAAUAGCACUUAAAUGUCACAGCUGUUGCGCCAUGAUGCCACAGUGCGUGUACAUGUCCAGCAAAGAGAUUUACAUAGUAUAUGACACACUACCUCCAUAUUUGAGAGUCUAAUCCACCUCACAGCAGAAGCUAUGAGAGUAUAUUGCACACUGCAAGCAAAGAUAGGUAUAUCCUUAGCAUAUACUCCUUUUGUUUUGUAUUGCAAUGAAUGCGAAGAUAUAUAUAUAUAUGACAUGGGAUCACUGAUUUAUUAUAUGCCAAUUACGGAGGAGAUGAAGGCAAAUACAGGGUACAACCUGCUCAGCUUUCACCUUUAUUUUAAAGGUGGCAUUUUUCUUAGUUUAAAGUAAAGCCAUCACCGCAAAAAUCCGACACAGGGGGAAACACAUUGUUUAAAACUUUGCAGCAAUGAGGUGUGAUUUUCCAAGCUGCUCUAAAAAGAUAAAAACACUGACAUCAAACUACAUGCUUCAGGAAAUCACAAAAUAAGAGCACAAACAAAUAAUGCCAUUUUUGCUCUUUGCUCAUCUGCUGUUUCCUGUGUCUGAUCUGCUCAGCUUAGUAACCACAGGCUGUUUUCUUAUGCCUACGCAUGAUGUUUAUUGACUGGGAUCUUAAAUACAGGGUUGUAAAAUCACUCACUGGUAAUGAGGGUAAAUGCUUAUAUAGCCUCAUUGUAGAUUGUACUGAAAAACAAAUUUCAGGAGACAAAAAGAUUUAUUCGUGACUUUAAAGAGGGAAAGUCAGGGAAAUGUGUCAGGCACAAAAGAUGGGGUCCAUGUCAUUGGUCCGACAGCCCAUUGGUCCGACAUCCCAUUAGUCCGACGGUCCACGGUGCUGAACAGCUCCCGGCGGGCGUAUUUCUACCUUGAUGGUGCGCUGCGACCGGCUCUGGGUCAGCUGGGAAAGGCUUGGGGCGAAGCAGGCUCACGGCUUAAGUGUUUGUCACUUUCUUUUUCAUUUUAACCCACACCAUGAUCUUUUCCUGACCCUAACCAAGUGGUUUUUGUGCCUAAACCUAACCAGACCUUAACCACAGGGCAUCAUGAUGAUUUUGGAACAACGGGACUUCGGAACAAUGGGUUUAAUAUGGUGGGAACAAUGGGAUGUCGGACCAAUGGGCUGUCAGACCAAUGGGCAGUUCCCCAAAAGAUGGUACUUCAUAAGCAUUUCUUGUUUAGAUUUUAUUUGUUUGUUUGUUGUUUGUUUGUUGUUUUUGAUCAUUUGCACCUUGCACCUGCAAAUUUACACCCUAACUAAUCAAGGAUGCAGUUUUUAUAGACCCUCACCUUUGAUCUCCCCUUUGCAGCAGAGCGUCAGAUCCCAGGGAAGAACAGUUUAAUGUCUGCAAAUCAUGAAAUUUAUCCAAGCGAAUGGCUAAAACAAGCCCUUCACAGACCUGAUGACACAUCUGUCAGUCUGCACUGACUCAUGACAUUUGUUGAUUUCCAAUCUAAGCUCUUGUGUACUUGUGAUCUGUGUAGGUAUUUGUGUAAACUUGCACAUGUGGGUUUGUUCUCACUCUCAGCAUGUACGUGUGACGAUACAGAGAUCUAUUUUUCAUUAUGUGUAUGUAAAAGGGACAGCUUUUACUGAAUGUAUUUUUAUGUAUGUGUUUUGUGCUAUUGCCUUAAAUAUGUUGCACUGUGAUGUAAAGAGCAACCUCACCCUCUGUGACAGUAUUUAAGAAACUGAUGUGAUCAGUCUUUAUAUGUUUGUAAGUGCUAUUUUCAAUAUUGCCUUAUUUAUUUAUGCCUUUUAAACUCAAAGUGCAUUUCUGAGCUCAUAAAAACACGCAAGAAAACUGCUGUAAACGGGUUUCCCAUUUUCUGUUAAAAGCUUUGCCUGCAAUUUGAUUUAUGCGUGCUGAUAUGAAGCUGUUGCUUGACCAAUGCAUCCUCUGUGAAUCACUGCUGCAAAGUAACUUCAA